GGCACGCGCGGCACAGCCAUGAACACCAACGAUGCCAAGGAAUAUCUGGCCCGGAGGGAAAUCCCUCAGCUUUUCGAGAGCCUUUUGAAUGGACUGAUGUGUUCCAAGCCAGAGGACCCAGUCGAGUACUUGGAAAGUUGUUUACAGAAAGUAAAGGAACUGGGUGGCUGUGACAAGGUGAAAUGGGAUACAUUUGUCAGCCCGGAAAAGAAGACCUUACCUCCGCUAAAUGGAGGACAGUCCCGGAGAUCCUUUCUACGAAAUGUAAUGCCUGAAAAUUCAAACUUUCCAUAUCGGCGUUAUGACCGACUUCCUCCAAUUCAUCAAUUCUCCAUAGAAAGUGACACGGAUCUGUCUGAAACUGCAGAGUUGAUUGAGGAGUAUGAGGUUUUCGAUCCUACUAGACCUCGACCAAAAAUUAUUCUUGUCAUAGGUGGUCCUGGAAGUGGAAAAGGUACUCAAAGUUUGAAAAUUGCAGAACGUUAUGGAUUCCAAUACAUUUCAGUGGGAGAAUUGCUAAGAAAGAAAAUCCACAGUACCAGCAGCAACAGGAAGUGGAGUCUGAUUGCCAAAAUCAUUACAAAUGGAGAAUUGGCACCUCAGGAAACAACAAUUACAGAGAUAAAACAGAAACUGAUGCAAAUACCUGAUGAAGAAGGCAUUGUCAUUGAUGGAUUCCCAAGAGAUGUUGCCCAGGCACUGUCUUUUGAGGACCAAAUCUGUACUCCGGACUUGGUGGUAUUCCUGGCGUGCGCCAGUCAGAAGCUCAAAGAGAGGUUAAUGAGGCGUGCAGAACAACAGGGGCGUCCUGAUGACAAUCUGAAGGCCACCCAGAGGAGACUAACGAACUUCAAGCAGAACGCUACUCCACUGGUUAAAUAUUUCCAGGAGAAGGGGCUCAUCAUGACAUUUGAUGCUGACCGAGACGAGGAUGCAGUAUUCUAUGACAUCAGCAUGGCGGUUGACAACAAGUUAUUUCCAAACAAAGAGGCUGCAGCAGGGUCAGUUGACCUUGAUCCUACAAUGAUGCUGGACUCUGGAGAGUUCAUUGGUACAGGAUCUGAUUAUGAAGAUCAGGCAGACGACCAGUUAAAUCUAUUUGGACAGGACUCCAUGGCAGGCUUCAUGGAAGAUUUGCGGAAGUGUAAAAUAAUUUUCAUGAUGGGUGGCCCUGGCUCUGGCAAAGGCACACAGUGUGAGAAGCUGGCGGAAAAAUACGGAUUCACACAUCUCUCCACUGGCGAGCUCCUGCGUCAUGAACUGGCGUCAGAAUCUGAGAGAAGCAAAUUGAUCCGAGACAUCAUGGAGCGUGGAGACCUGGUGCCCUCAGCCAUCGUUCUGGAGCUCCUGCGGGAGGCCAUGGCGGCCAGCCUCCGAGACACCCAGGGCUUCCUGAUCGACGGCUACCCCCGGGAAGUGGAGCAAGGGCAAGAAUUCGGGCGCAGGAUUGGAGACCCACACUUGGUGAUCUGCAUGGACUGCUCGGCAGAUACCAUGACCAACCGCCUUCUCCAAAGGAGCCAGAGCAGCCAGCGUGCGGACGACGCCACCACAACCAUCGCCAAGCGCCUCGAGACCUACUACCGAGCAUCCAUCCCCGUGAUUGCCUACUACGAGACCAAAACACAGCUCCGGAAGAUAAAUGCAGAAGGAACGCCAGAGGAAGUUUUUCUUCGGCUUUGUGCAGCUAUUGACUCUAUUUUCUGAAGGCAACAAUGCAUGAAACUGGCCACUUGGAAUACUCUCAUAAUGGCUAAGAGAACAAGUUUGACAGAUUGUAUAACUUAGUCCCCUCUCUACAUGGUGUUGUAAUUUCAGCAAUUAUAAAUGACUAUCAAUGACCAAAAAUAAUUUGAAAACCUAACAUGACUUGUUAUUUCAUUUACUGGACAAAUACCAACGUAUAAUUUUGAUUUGUAAUUAUCAACUGUUUACUUAUUGCCAAGCAAGCUACAAAUACAGUAACAACAAAACGAUGUGGGUUGGAGGGCCCGUUAAGAGGGUGUGCGCAAAUUCUAGUGUUGUACUUGUUUCACAGGGGCCUUUCCCAGGGCUUUACAACCUUGCAUCCAGCCAGUGAAGUCUGGGUUCUCACCUGUGCUACCACGUGUCAGACCAGAGCUUCUUAUGUAUCCUAAUGAAGUAACUGCAUCUUCUACGCUGUCAUUACAAGACAAGUUUGUUUGCAUGAUUUUUUUCUUCAGUGGUUGUGCAGAUAAGAAUCCAUUUCCAGGACAGAAUUGUAUUUUUAAAAGUCAUUUUUUUUCUUGAAAUGGAUAUGUAUAAAUAAAAUAAAUGGAAGACAGGAUAAAGCUUUUUCAUUUAUUUAUAACUUACAUCA